GUGGAGCUUUUGACACUGGAUGCUUUGAAAAACACGCAUCCCAUUGGUCCAUCAUUUCCUCCGGGGAUUACUGAACUUCCAGCGUCUUUUCCGUGCUGCUCCUUUAAUUUUGUGAGCCGAUUUUCAGCGAGCAGCAACUUGUUCCAGGCUCAGCGGUCCUCCCUCUGCUGGAUUAUUUAUCAGGCGCUCCGUCCCGCGUCGCCAUCUGCUCGAAGGAGAGAGAGAGGGAAAAAAACACAACAGGACUCUUCAAGGCACAUGAUAGGAGACAUUAACUAGGUAGAAAAAGUAAACACGCUAAUUAUAAAUUGUUUAUAGGACUCAGGAGAUCUUGUGCAACAGGUGUUCAGGGGAGUCCUGCUUGUCAGAGCUGAAGCGGAUGAAGUUGGUUCAACCAGCGGAGGAUGCGGUAUUUUCAGCCCAGCGUGUGAAGAAGAUGAUUUGUGUUUGCUUCUCGGACGGAUUCCGCCGUUUGUCGACCCAUGGAGCAAUAACCGAGCUCGUCCACAGAGUUCACCCGGUGGCUGGCCUGUGCAGAGGCUUUCCGGACGCAGCGCUGCUGGCCCUGUGCGCCCGGUGAGCCGAGUCAGGGAGGAGGAGGAGAAGGAGGCAGGGGGGGUCACAACAGGCAACCGAGGUUACGGAGCCGCCUCACCCGCAGCCGGCUGCAGCCAUGGUGGCGGAGGGCGACAGGUCUCUGGUAGCGGCCAGGCAGGGAGACGUGCAGACCCUCAAAACGCUGUUGGCAGCGAAGGUGCUCGGCAGCGACGUCAAGGAUGUUCUGGGGGCUUCGCCGGUCCACCACGCAGCCCGGGCCGGGAAGCUGACCUGCCUGCGCUUUCUGGUGGAGGAGGCAGGGCUGCAGGGUAACUGCCUGGCAAACAACGGGGCCAGUCCGGCCCAUGACGCGGCAGCCACGGGCAACCUGGCCUGCUUACAGUGGCUGCUGACGCAGGGGGGGUGUCGGCCGGAGCACAAGGACAGCUCUGGAGCCACGGUUCUCCACCUUGCGUGUCGCUUCAGUCACCACGAAAUCACCGAAUGGCUGCUGAAGAGCGGUGAGGUGGACCCCGGGGCCGCCACCGACACAGGAGCCCUACCUGUUCAUUAUGCAGCUGCCAAGGGAGAUCUGGCUUCUCUCCGACUGUUACUUGGACACAGCCCAAAUGUCGUCAACUCCCAAACUAAGAAUGGUGCCACGCCGCUCUACCUGGCCUGCCAGGAGGGUCACCUGGAGGUCGUCCAAUACCUGGCCAAGGACUGUGGGGCAGAUCCGGGCAUCAGAGCCAACGACGGGAUGACGCCUCUGCAUGCCGCUGCUCAGAUGGGCCACAGCACCGUCAUCGUCUGGCUGAUGAGUUUCACAGACAUCAGCCUGGCGGACAGGGAUGGCGACGGGGCCACGGCCAUGCACUUCGCCGCCAGCCGUGGCCAUGCAAAGGUGCUCAGCUGGCUGCUGCUGCACGGAGGAGAGAUAGUCACCGACAACUGGGGAGGGACCCCUCUUCACGACGCAGCGGAGAAUGGGGAACUAGAGUGCUGUCAGAUACUUGUGGUAAACGGAGUGGAGCUGGGCAUUCGCGACCAGGACGGCUUCACGGCUGCGGACCUGGCUGAAUACAACGGCCACUCCCAGUGUGCCAAGUAUCUGCGCACGGUGGAAAACAUGAGUGUGGAGCAUCGGGUUCUGUCUCGAGACCCUUCGAUGGAGCUGGAGUCCAAGCAGCCGGACUCGGGCCUCUCCUCCCCGAACACCACCAUGCCUCCAGCCAGCCAGGCAGCGCACUUCGACAUCGGCUCGCCGUCCAGCUCACUGUCCAACUACGACUCUGCCAACUCCAGCCAGUCCAGCACCGGAGAGAAGAGAAGCAGCCUUACAAUGUCUCGAGGACCUCCCACCCAGCUGAACACAGUUGCACAUCAAGGUGCAUCAGAGUCGGCCAUUUCAGACAUGCAGGCCUACAUGGACAUGCUGAACCCAGACAUCGGCGCUGACACGGCCAACAGGAACGAGAUCAGAGCCGACGGUGCACCCAACCCUCCGCCUCCUCCAACUUAUCCUCCUCCGCCUCCCCCUCAAGCUCCGCCAGGUCUCCCGCCAGCUCCGGGCUACCCGGCGCCUCCGCCCCCGCAAGAGCCCCAGUCGGCCGAGUUCCUGAAGGUGAAAAGCAACUUGCGGCACGUGGACAGCAAAAGCAGCAAAAAAGAGCAGCUGACUCCUGGGGAGAGCCACGAGAAACUGCGGCGAGUGGAUUCAAACAGGAAGUCGAGGAGCUUCAACAAACAGCCCAGCACUGGGGACUACUACAAGAGUCUGGGCAACGACACGGCGGAGCCCCGUGGGAGCAAAGGCAUGGCGCCCAACGAGGAGGGUUCGGUAUUAUUGGAGGAGCCUACAGAGAGUCCCGCCCCCACCUCUGAAAAUGGCACCACAGAGGAAUCUGCGUCGCCUCCACAGCCGCCUCCACCACCGCCUCCACCGCCUCCUCUCCCCCCCAGCAAUCCGAUGCCAACGCCCCCUCCUCCCCCUCCGCUGCCCACCGGGGCACAAACCACCCAGAACAACGGCAGCACCGCCCCCAGCUCCACCCCCGCCUCCAACGACAACAGGCGCCCAUCUUCCUCAUCAGGAAGCAGGAAUAUCUCUGUCUCCCACCCAGACAGAGGGCUGCUUAGACAGAUGAAGAGCACCAAAUCUUUCAACAUGAUGUCCCCCACCGGAGACAACUCAGAGCUGCUGGCAGAGAUCAAAGCUGGAAAGAGUCUCAAGCCCACGCCUCACAGUAAAGGCUACACCACUGUGUUCUCCAACACAGGGACGACAGGCAACAAUGGAACCACUACACCUCCAGAGACCCAAACAUCUACCCCACCCGCCAAGCCACCCUCCCCUCCACAGUCCAGCCCGCCUGUUACCUCCCCGCCCGUCACCCCGAGCCCCAGCCCCAGUCCCAGUCCCACUGGUUCCAGGAACAUGUCAGGCUCUGCGAGCUAUGAGCAGCUGUCCUCCAACUCCGUCGUCAACGGGGACGGCGGAGCUGGUGCCGCGCAGCCGGAGUCGGGAAGGAAGACGAGCCUCGCCGACAUUGAGGCGCUGGUGCCCACUCAUGAUGAGCAGGGGAAAGCCAUCCCUGAGUGGAAAAGGCAGGUGAUGGUGAGGAAGCUCCAGGCCAAGAUGCAGGAGGAGGAAGAGCACAAACGCAAGGCUGAAGAGGAAGCAAAGCGCCUGGCUUCCAUGCCAGCCUGGAGAAGGGACAUGAUGAAGAAGAAAAUGGACGAGGAGAGAUGUGACAGGGAACAAAAAAGAAAAGCAGAACAGCAGGCCAAACAGGCAAAGGAGUCCGAGGAGAAGCAGGAGCUGGAGCGACUACGGACCUUGGGAUACGAUGAGACCAAGCUGGCCCCCUGGCAGCGGAAGCUCAUUCUGAAGAAAGGGGACAUAGCCAAAAAAUGAACUGGACCGUUUUCCCUGCAGCGUUCUGCGUCCUCGCACACUCGGUCCAAAGUGUCUCCCUCCUCCAUUCUUUAACCCGCCGCCGAACAGACAGAGGUGAGGAGAGCUCGUCUCCCCCCCCCCUCCUGAAACUCUGUUGUGUCACUCUUCGGGGCCCCGCAGUACCUGAGGCCCGCUUCUGCGGUUGCUGCCUGUCCACACAAGCUCUGAGUCUCGGCUCUGGUGAAACACAGCAGAGUGACCCCACACCUCUUUCUAAAAGUCUCAUGGACACAAAUGAUUGUUUAGCAAAGCAUUUCUGACAUGCACUGACCCUCUUUACUUUCUUUCACUUUGCUAAGGCACUUGUUAAAGAACACUAAGUCAAAAUCACUGCUGGUGUAUACUUACAUUUCUACAAAACUGCAAAUUAUUGGAUGAUGUCACGUAGGAGAUUUAAGUUUUUUAGUAGAUGAAACGGGUGACAUAUGAGGCUGUUGUUGCUAUGAAAUUGUCUAUUUUUCAGACUAAUCGAAAGAAAAGUGGUUCAGAUAUAUAAUUUGUAAUCAAUAAGCAGCCAAUGCAUUAAUAAGAAUGAGUAGUGUCCCAUCGAUAUUUCGUCUUAGUCAUAACAUUUAGUGUCAAGCUCACAGAUGCACUGAUUGUGCUGUUAUAGGAUAGUCCAGCUUUACACACAAAUGAAUGACUGAAUGUAGUGUGAAGCACCCUGGCGUCCUCUGGACCUGAUGAAGCGCUUUACAAUUUCAGGCCAUUUACACAGGAAACUGAGGUUGGCGGAAGUGCGUUCCCAAUAAUCUUCCUCCUGGAAAUCCAAUGGAAAAUGUAAAGCAUCUGGUGACACACAAGGAAUUUUUUUAAGGAAAUGCUUUGCAUGUUCCGCUCUCACUUUAUUUCCGACAGGAAAAUCCUUGAUAGCAGAUCACUUCCUACCUCUGUUUCCCCAUGUAAAUAUUCAUCAGAUUCUGUAGAAAAACCCACUCAGUGCAAAUAAAUAGACAUUGAUCCCAGUGAUUUCUGCGGGCAAGAUAUUCAUUUCUUAUGACCUCUUAAUAGAGCCUCAAAUAAACCUGAAUUAUCCCUUUAAUAUUCUGCCAGUGUUUUGGCAGAAGCUACCGCCGGUUGUUUCAUUUAUAUUCCGCCUCAAAGCUAACAGUUUAUUAAUAUUUAUUCAAUGAGGUCAUUUUCCAAAUAAUUUGUAAUAAUAAUAAUAACUAGUAUGAUUUUCCAUUAACUGCUAGAAGCUCUUGUAUCAGAGAAAUAAAGCAAAGCUCAAAUUUAUUAUUAUAAUGUUGUAAUGCGACCGGGAUGUCAAACUACGUCGUUUAAUCGUGAUUGUGACUUUUUUGUGAAUCGCUGCAUUAUAAGAAUCAAACACGUUUUUAAUGUUUAAUCACAAGGAUGCCGGUAAUCUAAGGUGGAACCCGCUCCCCCACAAAAUAAGACAAAAGAGCUGCGACUCACAGCAGCCGUCUGAUCCGAACCCAUCCGUUUGUUUCUUGCCUCCGUCCCACUGAGCUGCAGGAUGAAUCUUUGAUGAACGGAUCCGCUUACACAUCACAGAGACCACUCUGUCUUCCACAGGCGGGCUCACAGUGAUAAACUUACACUGCUGGUUGGGCGAGUCGACAUGCUCUAGCAUGUUCAAAAUUAACACUAACCAGUCGCAAAAGUACUGUAUGAUUCACUUUUAGGCAUUCAGAGAUCUUUUGUCCAGGCUGAGAACUGUGUCAUCAUUUCUCCCUUUCCAAAUUUUAAAAUACUUUUUACAACCCAUAAAACAUUCGAACGGUGUUAACCUGUUGAGAGCCGUGGUUCCCAAAGUCUGGGUCAGGACCCGAAUAUGGGUCUUGAAACACCAAGUGUGAGGUCUUUAGAUUAUCUAAAGAACUUUAAGUUGAACUAAAAAAAAUUAUUAUUUGUUCCAUUUUUUUACUUUAAAAGCUAUAAUAAAAAAAUAAAGAUAAAAUCUGUAGUUGUAAAUGGAUAAAAAAAAUAGUGUAAUAGUUAAGGCUGUCUUGUAGCUGCACUCAUUAAAUGGGUCAUUAGUUAUGUUUGUGUAUGUCAAACAGCAAUAGUCAAUUUUGUGGGUUAGAAACUGGGAAAAAAAAUGGGAGACACUGGUUUGAAGGUCAUUAGAAAAUAAAUAUUUUGGAAUAGAGCAUGCAUCGUUGCUUUUCCAUUUAAUGAAGUUCUUUUCCCGUUUUGUAAUCUCAUCAUUACAAAUAAUCUCUUUAAUUCAUCUGGUCGGGUUUGAUUGAUCAUUUGGAAAUAUUCUGACUCACUUCUCAUCAGAUGCCAUAUGAUAUUAAAAUUUCAAAUAAUGUACAUCAUUGCCAUUUAAUUUUCUAUACAUAUAUUAAUAUAUGAACUCUGUACAUAGUGACCCUUAGAUUAUUUUUUUUGUCAUUUCAUUUUUUCCAGAUUUCAUGAUAUCACAUGUCCCAGCCUCGCUUGGAUGUAGAAUAUUGGCUUGUUUUCUUGUCAUAAUAACUUCAGACUGAUAAAAAAUGAACAGAAUAAACCUCGGAUCAUUUAAGCAUA